GUUGCAGCGCUUAGUCCUCACAAACACCAUUAACUAACUAGUUAACUAACAUUAUUGUUGUUAUUGUUGUCCAAUACCUAAUUUCAUUAUCCACUAUGCCUUUUCAAGUACUUAUCUGACAGUAUUAAUCCCUCACAAAAGCAGGGGCUACGAUGCUGCUGACAAGGUUGUGUCAGGACCCUUUUAGGGGAAACACUUACCCCAUUCCCGUCCUUUAAGGGGAUAGCGAUACGCGCGCAAAACCCCCCAGGAACUUUUCACGGAGGACUUGAUACUGACAACACACAUCAAUUCAGUCAAAUUCCAACUAUUAUCGCAAACAUGGUUGAACUGCGAAAACGCAAAGCGCCAGCUCCCCCUCCAGUACCCGUCAAGAAACCCAAGAAAACCAAGGCGCCUGCGGUGAAGGUGCCCAAGGUUGGCGAUGUGGUGAGCCUCGAAGACUUUGGUGGUGAAAUUGAGACGAACGAUGGCAAAAAAACUUCUCUAAAGGCCCUGGUUGAGGACAGCAAAUCCGGAGUUGUGCUGUUCACAUAUCCUAAGGCCUCUACCCCUGGCUGCACUAAGCAAGCCUGUCUCUUCCGUGAUGGUUACGAUACCCUGACCGCAACCGGUCUGUCAAUCUAUGGUCUAUCUGGAGACUCUCCAAAAGCCAAUACAACUUUCAAAACCAAGCAGAACCUACAGUACCCGCUGCUUUGCGACCCUGGAUUCACUUUAAUUGGUGCCAUUGGUUUCAAAAAGUCGCCCCGGGGAACAGUCCGGGGUGUUUUGGUUGUAGACAAGCAAGGCAAAGUUCUUCUUCUGCAGCCCGGUGGCCCAGAUGCAACUGUAGAUGCUGUCCAGGCAUUGGUUGCUUCAAUCUCCAAGGAAACUAAGGAUGAGAAGGCCGACGCAUAGACAGAAUGAGUCGCGGAGUUAGGUGAAAACGCGAGAGUACCUGGGAGCUUCCUGUUAGGACUAUCCUUGUUUUUAUGCUUUGAGGUGUACUGGAUUCCACUUGAAUAUCUCGCUUUGAUCGGACUAUUUACAUGUUGUAGCGCCAAUAUAACUGAAAAAUUGAAAUAGGACCCUGAUAUCCUUAAUAAAGAGGAUUAGCUGUAGGGGUUCUUUGCGCAG